AUGACAAGCAGCAUCUUCAAGUCGAGGCAAGUCACUUUUCUCAUCGGGCCAAACAGGGUUGAGUUCAACGUGCACCAGUACGCCUUCACGCGCCUGUCCGCGCCCCUCCGCGCCAUGCUCGCCGAAGACGCGAAGGAGUCCGUGGAGGUCGGGGUGAUCUGGGACGACGUCGAGCCCUCGACGUUCACCAGCCUGCUGGAGUAUGCCUACACCGACAACUACUCGGUCCCCCGUCUCCCCAGGAAGAAGUCCGUCGCGACGGCUGCGGUGGUGCUGCCCAACCAGGCCGAUCAAGGAGACGCCAUCGACGAGGAGGACUGGUGGUCCGUCAGCUCAAUCAUGACCUGGAUGAUGGACAACGACGACCGGUUCGGCGAUUGCACGCGGUUCGGCAAGUGGUGCUACGGUCGCAAGUACUUCGAUACGGACUUCCCCGGCCCCCAGCCGUAUUGGCACGAUGAGCUCCAGCGGAGCGACUGCACCGGCCUCGCUACCAUUUUCAUGCUGCACGUUAAGCUCUACGCCCUCGCGGACCGGUACCGCUUUAUGUCCCUCCGGGCCCUGUGCCUGCAGAGACUGCGCGAGAGCCUGGUCAACGUCGUUCUGCGGACCGAGUUUUGCGAGACGCUGGUCGAGAUGCUCGCUUUUGCGUACGCGAACACGCCGCCGGGCGAUGACCUCCGCAUGAUGCUCCUCAGGUACUGCAUCUUUCAGAUGAACCACCUCAAACGCCACGGAUACUUGUACCAGCUGGUGCUGGAGAUGCCGCCGCAGUUUGCGGCGGAGCUGCUGCUCGAGGUUCCUCAGGGAUUGUGGGAGUCUGCGCUCUAG